AUGCACUCAGCUAGAAUCCAACAGUUCGUCAGACGUCUUCAACGGCCAUCUAUUCAAGCAGACCAUGUAUAUAUUUCCAGCAAAUACACAAGUCGUUUGUUCAUUUGUGAGCAAGAGGAAGUGAACAAAAUGAUUGAGUCAUAUCAGAAAAUCGACGACAAAUACGCACUGUUUGAGCAAAUGUUUUUGACUAUAUUUUUGGAGCAAGAAGUGGAGAUGGCCUUCAGUUUUGGACUCGAAAACUUGAAUGAGCAACAGUUGAAGGUGGAGCAAAAGUUCAGAACUCAUGUUGGAAAGUUUCAGAGAUUCAUCACAGGAAUCAUUGACAUGCUCUCCAAAGGUGUCGAGAGUUCAGAUCAGAUCGUUGAGAUUCUCAGAAUCGUGGGUCGUCAACACGGAAACGUGCGGACUAUGAGCUUCACUGCCGAGAAGUGGCUCAUUUUCAAGAACGUGCUCCUUGACCUCCUGUGCAAGGAUGCAAAUGAGAAAGUGUGUGGCACUUGGAACAAACUCAUCAGUUUCAUGAUUUCGGAAAUCAAAGACAGCUAUUUGGAGCAUGUCCGACACGCUCGCUCAUCAUCUUGUCCACAAAUCAAUUCGUAUCGUUUCAUCGCCUCUCGAUCAAAACGUCUUCGCCCACGGAAACAUUCAGAAUCGGCCAACAAACUAGGACGCAUCGAAGCCGGAAAAGUGCUUGACGGGUGA